UUGGCCUCACUCGUCUUCCGUACUCAGCUGCUGUUUGUUGACAUGUCUCCUGUGUUUGUCUGUGACUCGUCGGUGAAUCGCUCGACGGCACAAUGACCCGAACCCGCUCCAUCGAACCUCGGCCUCGUCUCACAGCUUCACGGACACAGCGGCUCGGGAUGGAGGUCGAUUCCUAACGAGGGACCCGGAAGCCCCGGAGCUAGCUAGCUAACAGGCUACAUUAGCCGAUGGUAAACAAUGGAGGGGAUCCUGCACAAAUGGACAAACUACAUGACAGGCUGGCAGCCCCGCUGGUUCGUCCUGGAGGACGGAGACAUCUCCUACUACGACAGCGAGGACGACGUUGGUAAAGGAAGCAAAGGAUCCAUCAAGAUGUCCAUGUGUGAGAUUAAAGUUCAUUCAACUGACUCCACCCGUCUGGAGCUGAUCAUCCCCGGUGAGCAGCAUUUCUACGUCAGAGCGGUGAAUGCUGCAGAGCGACAAAGAUGGCUGGUGGCGUUGGGUUCGUCUAAAGCUGGAACACUGGACACUCACAAACACAGAGGUCCCGACUGUCUGAAGACGAAGAUGUCUGAACUGCGUCUGUACUGCGACCUGCUCGUCCAGCAAGUCCAGACCAUCCAAUCACAGCACAGCACUGACACAGAGACCACUGACACUUCUGAGGCGUCUCUCCUCAGUGCGACCUGUGCUACGUUCAUCAGGACCUUGGAGGAGUGUAUGACCCUGGCCAACCAGAGCUUGAUCCCUGACCUCCGACCUCCUGAAAAGAUGAAGAGGUCGAUCAGUCAUCCUGGAACCUACAGCUUCGACAGGUCGGGUGUGCAGAAGGAGUACGUGAGUGGAGGUCAAAGGUCAACGCAGCGAAGGAACCGGACUUUCUCCGACAGCUCUGUUUACGAUACUGAACGUUUCCUGUCGAGUCCUAACGGCGACCCGUCCUCCAUCCCUGAGGAGCGAGGAGGCAGCACGAGCCCGAAGAACACAGCCACCGACACAGACACGGACUUAUCCAUCUGACAAGCUGACGUCCACCAGAACCUGCUGAGCUCUGGACUCUGACGAGUUUAACGUCACAGCGGAGAUGGCGACAUCAUCUCCAUCGAAGUGAGGAGGAACUGGCCUCGAGGGAAAGUUCUUGUUUUUCACAUGUGCUGUUUGGAAUCAUGGGUCACUUUUCCCUCGAGCCUUGAAAUUAAACGGAACACACUGGAGAGACUGAAAGACGAAUCCACACGUCGCCACAUUCACAGUUCAUAACGACUGUGAAGCUGGAAUCCUGGAAAAAAAACUCUGUGAAUCAACAAGUGAAAGAAAAGUGCAGUUAUAUUAUAUGCGGUUAGGCCCAGCAACCAAACGAUGACUCCCUGGAAGAGUAUAAAUACCCAUAUAAACCGUGACAUCCGGUUUUCUGGACAGUUUAGAAGCCAGAGUCGGAUGUUUCACAGUUUUUAAAUUGACCCAAGAAUGUACAGAUAGUUUUUAAAUCAGCAGCCGUUGUCACAGAAGCAUCUUCUUCUACAGUAUUUUCUGCUUUUUCCACAUAUUCCCAAAAAACUCUGUACCUCUUCCCUGACAGCUUUGAGGUGGUGAGGUCGGUCAACCAGACUGAUCCUGGAGCAGCUUUGAGACUCAGAGCCGAGGAGUUCAGUGGUGAGGUCGGUCAACCAGACUGAUCCUGGAGCAGCUUUGAGACUCAGAGCCGAGGAGUUCAGGUCUUCAGAUGCAAACGAUGCUUGAAUGCAAAGAUCAAUAAAUGUGCCAUUGUGAUAUUCUCCAGAAGACGACUUUCUCCGAGGUUUAGCUGCAAGAACGAGGAAGGAAGGAGGAGGAAGACGAGACUUUGAUUCUAUCUUCCGCUUCCUUUGAGGAGUUUGCACCUUCUCCUGUUUUUUGUUUCUGCUGGGUUGUGUUGUUCUCCCCGCGCUCUCAUUGUGAAUGUGUUGCAAGUUACUGCCUUUUUAACGUGUGUGUAUUUCCUCAGUGAUUAUUUAGCCUUUUUAAGAUGAUGCCGUCCAAACAUGACCCCAAAGAGAGAGAAGUACGGUGGCCCUGGAAGCUCAACUCACUGAAAAGACAAGGAAGAAAAAUGAACAGAACAAAUAUUUACCUUUUAGGAUUUCAGUUUAUUUCUGAAGCAUGUUUCUGUAUCUGGUGGUUUUGUAGAAACUUGAUUCUCAGAUUUCAGAUGAGGCCGUUUGCAGAUUUGUUAUCUUCGUGAGUCACUUUCUGCCGGGAGCUUUACACUCCGCUGCCAAAACAAACAACUUUGUAAAGUAUUUCUACAACAGUGACGCUGGAGGAAUCAGUGUGCAGAGCUAACGAAUUGAAAAAAGUAUUAUAGGUCAAUCACAUUAUUUAUUAAUGCCUUAUAGAUUAAAACAUUAAUGAGGAAAGCUUUUGUGUUGACAGGUUGUGAAGAAAAUUAAAAUAAUAAGUGGUUGAACAAUUUAAGAUUCAACAAAACAAGCAGAGGAGUUUUUCCACAACCUGGAAACUUUUUAAAGUUGUUUGUAUUCAAACUCAUUUUUUUGAAGCAGUUAAAGACGGACACACAAAGUCGUGUGGAUCUCUGCCCUCGAUGAAUCUCCUCCAGUAGUGUUGUGACACGUUUCACUGUUCAAUCACACGCAGAAUCAUUAUGUGGUAACUGCUCCACUGAGCGUCUGAAGGAUCCUGUUUCCAGCUCCUUCACCUGUAAAUCCUCUCAUGUAACCUUCUCACGAGACAGUUAACUCCUCCUCGUCCUGGACAAAACAACCUUAAUGCUUUGUGUAUUUGAUCUACCCUUAAAGACACAAAGGCGUGACGACAGCUGUCGCAUCUGCAGCCACGUGAGAAUCGGCAGUUUGUUUCUCUCCUGGUUCCAAACACUGAGAAUAAUAAGUUGAACAUAUAUCAUCGAUAACCUCACGGUAACUUUCCCUCCAUUUACAGUGUGUAGAUGUUGUUUUGCACUUUAAAGUUUUUUAUUUGAAUAUUUGUUUCUGAAAGUUGUAAACAAUCCAGAUGUUAAGGUUUUUUCUCUGAAGUGAUGCGUUUGGAUUUGCUGCAGCCUUAUGUUUUAUUCUCUCGUAUAACUUUAACCGAAACACGUGUUUCCAGUAUUUGCUGUGAACAUGUUCAGGCUGUGGAUCCUGUAUUUUUCUUGACUUCUUCUAAAAGAAAUACUGUGAAAACGUGUUUUUUUCCUGAAGCUUCAGCAGCGACACUGCUGCAGGUUCCCUGAGGCGUCCGGUUGGUUUUAUAGUUAAACGCUCUGACAGGAGAUUUUAAAACUAAAUAUCACAAAAUGGAUUUUUAGAACUUUUGAAGAAAAUUUACAAAUGCUUUAGUUUGUGAUUGUGGCUCGUCAUGUGCCUCUUUAUGAUUUUGACCUGACAGCAGCUUAACUAUUUAUCUCUGACAAAAUCAUGUUUUAUUUUAGUUAAAUCUGUUUGUUUUCUUGGCAAGAGAAGAUUGAAGCAACUCUUCUUUAUCCAGCAUAUAAUCCAUAAUCUGUCCUGGUUUUAUCGGAGUUUAACACUUUAAUUAGUGUUAACUCUUCUUGUCUUUAUGUUUAACUCCGCUGCUGGUUUUUCACUUCAUCUUAAACAUGAAGAUAUUUCGCGUGUUGUCAAACUUCUUUCUCCAAAUGUCCAAAUGAAUCUUAUCUUUGUCCUGAAGUUCUUAUUGAUCCACUUCCUGUUUAAACUCGGUUGAACCAGCAGAGACAUUCAUGCCUUAAGUGUCUCUGCACAAAGUGACGUGUGUUUCUUCCUCUGAAUAAAAUCAUGUUUUAAAGUUGA